UGAUUGAGAAUUGUUGUCAUUUUUCUGUGGCUAGCUUUAACGCUGGCUAGCCGCUAGAUUUUUUUCUCUCCAAUCUACUUUGAUCCAGCAGGAUGUUAGGAUGGAGUGUGGUCCAGUUCUGCCGGAUAGCUUGGUCUUGGAGAUCUUCCUGCGUCUGCCCCAUGAUGCCGUGCUGAGAGCUGGUUUGACCUGUAGACAGUGGCUGGCUGUCUCCAGAGAUGAGUUCCUGUGGAGGGAGCUGUUCUACAGCUACUACCGUAUACCACGCUCCGUACCUCGUCACCCAUCCGCUGUGUCGUGGUACAGGGAGUUCAAACGUUUGUUUGACUGCAUCCCCUGUGUGGAGGUCCAGACACUAAGAGAGCACAGUGACCAAGUCCUCCACCUGGCUUUCUCUCACAGGGGUCACCGGUUCUCCUCCUGCUCCAAAGACUGCACAGUUAAGUUAUGGGACACUGAGCGGCCAGAUGGAAAUAUUUCAUUGGUGCACAGCUCCAGCAUGCGGCAGUUUAACUGGGGCUAUACCCAGUUCUCCCAGUUCAAUGGUGACGACAGCCUGCUGCUUGUGUCUGGUGUCUACCUGGGUCCACACCAUUCGUCAUCUGGGGAAAUUGCCGUCAUUAGUCUGGAUAAUUACACGCUGUUGUCGCGGGUUAGAAAUAAGCCAUAUGAUGUGUUUGGCUGCUGGCUGAAUGAGACCCACCUGAUCUCUGGUAACCUGCACUGGAUUGGUAACAUGACAUCCUGCUCGGUGCUCUGGCUUAACAAAGCCUUCCAGGAUAUUGAAUCGGAGAACGUCAAUGUGGUCAAGCGCCUUUUCAAGAUCCAAAACAUAAAUGCCAGCACCAUUCGUACAGUGAUGGUGGCUCACUGUCGUCGACAUGACAACCCUGACUUGUUGCUGGACUAUGAGGCUCAAUCUCAGGCUAGAAGGCAAAAAGAGGAACACCACCACCAACCUCUUCUCUUCGACCUUGGAACCUCUGGUAGUGAAGAGGAGGAAGAAGACGAGUGGCAGAGGGAAGCAAGGACUCACAGCUUCCCCUCUACCCGCCUCCCUCAACCCACCAUUUCAAACUUGGAGCAUGUUAUUAAUAGCCGUAAAAAUGUUGCUUCCAGGGAGCUGGAGAUUGAGAACCAGGUGGCUCAGAUGAUGGGCCGAGCCCACACGAAGGCCCCGGACUCCAGCCUCAUUGAACCCUCUGAGUCUGAAGAAGGAGAAGAUAAAACAUAUUUGCUCUUUACCACUGGCAGCCUUACAUACUCACCUCACCAGAUAGGCAUUAAACGAAUAAAGCCUGACCAGAUGACCACAUCUGGUCCUGUGCUUGGUGAAGAGCGUACCUCAGAUGAGUUUUUUGAUUCCCUGGACCAUGUUAUAGAUAUACAUGGCCAUAUCAUUGGUAUGGGCCUUUCUCCAGACCACAGAUACUUGUAUGUGAAUAGCCGAGCUUGGCCAGCAGGAUGUGUUAUUUCCGACCCCAUGUCUCCACCUCCCAUCGCCGAGGAGAUAGACCUGCAUGUCAUUGACCUCAAAAGCUUGAGGGAGGAGAGAAGAAGUCUGCGUGCUCACCGGGCCUUUACGCCGAACGAUGAAUGCUUCUUCAUUUUCCUCGAUGUCAGCAGAGACUUUGUUGCCAGUGGAGCAGAGGACAAGCAUGGUUACAUCUGGGACCGUCACUACAACAUCUGUCUAGCCCGUCUGGCGCACGAUGACGUGGUGAACUCAGUGGCGUUCAGUCCUGCGGAUCAGGAGCUGCUGCUGUCUGCCAGCGAUGACUCUACCAUUAAGGUAUGGCGUUCACCACGUAUGGUCCGCCUCGCACAAGCCAACCCCCGACCAACGAAACACCGCAGCCUCCUGCCGUCCUGGCUGAACCGCAACAAGAACUCCACAUCUGCUGGAAGUGUGAAUGGAAAACCUUGAGUCAGGUUGCAAAAUGCCUUCAGGUGGAAGGGAACUGGGGGAGGAAGGUUUGAUCUUUUUCCUCUGUGGGAUGAAAAUAUAUACACUCCAUGUAUAUGUGCAGUGUGGUUACAGUUAGCAGUUUUGCUUGAGCUCACAGUUGUGUGACCUGAAGAAGUGAUUGGGUGUAUUCAAUUAGAUAAAGGCGAAGUGACUCAGAGUGGACACAAGGGGGAGAUGUUGCACCAAGAGAAGAGGUGCUGAAAGGAGGAAUAUGCCUGAGUUACCACAGAUAGAAAGUAGAUCUGACACCUUAAUGCUAAGGACAGAUGUUACUAAAACUUCUGUAAGAGGUGGUUGUUGUCUUUUUUUUUUUUUAAUCUGUGAUGUUUUGUCUGAGCAGGCCAGACUCUGGACCUGAUAUAUAAAUGUAUGUAAGAGUACUGCAGAGCCGGCAUCGUCCGAUCACGUCUUUCUCAUCAUGGGCAAAGUGCAGUAACAGAGAAAUCUUUCUUUUCUUAUUGAUAAAAAUAUCUAAUUGGUGUCUAAAAUCUUUCUAAACCCUGUUUUCAGAGAAUAAUAAAACAGUUCAAAAGCAAAAGAGAAAAAAAAAAAAAUCCUGAGCUUAAUUUAACGUAGUCUUCCUUGGUUUUAUUAAUGUAAUAUCCCAUUGUUUUUGUGUCCCAGAAAAGAUCCGUUGCAGAUGUAUUAGAUGUAGAGUUAUUGAUGAGUUUAUAUAAAAGAAGAACAGCCUGACUGACCACAAAAAUGUUGCUUAUGUAGCUGACGGUUAUUGGACCUGUGUGAUGUGGAAAUGUAUUUAAACUUUUUCAUUAGCAGCACAAAGCUGCACAAUUCAACUUGGUCAAAUUAUUUCCUGGCACAUCAGUAGGAAUUUCAGGACAGUGAAUGCCUGUUGGAUUUUUUAUUAAUAUUAUUAUUAUUCUUUAAAGAAAACUAAACGUAAUUUCUGUACAACAGAGAUGGGUUUAGUUCCCAGACAGAACAAAUCCUGAGUUCUUGGCAGUCCAUCUGUGUGCAAGAGUAUGUGCUUGCCUGCAUAUGUGGACAACAUGGAGCUAUAUUUAAGGAAUUUUAGGUCACUGCUGUCCAUCCACCAUUGGCCACAGUUUCCCCAGAAGCAUUAUUUUCCUCUUAAAUAACAUGCACACCAGACACACUACUGCACAAUCAAUACUCCAUUACUUCUAAAUGCUAAAAGUAUGAUUGAUGCAUAUUACUGAAAAUAUAGUCAUUUAUUUUAAUGUGGGAUAAAUAUAAUUAUUGAACUCACUAAAGAUCUUUUCCUUUUAAAUAUUGGUUUUUCUAUAACAUUUAAACCCUGCAGUGUAUUGGGUGUUUGAGGUGACAUUCUGUUAAAAGAUCUUAAAGGCUGUUCUCACAAACUGCUCUAUGUUGUACUUGAAUUGAGCAAUUAAAGAAAAGAAAACCUUAAUUUGGUAGAAUUUUAAUGGCAUUUUUGUUUGCACAAGUGUCACCCACUGCUUUAAUUUAUAUCUUUGUCUUUUGCACACAAAUAUAAUAAGAUGUCAGAAAAUUUCUGAAAUGUGCAUCGUUUAAAAGAACAAGCAAUAGUACUUGGAUUAAAAAACGAUAAGACAGAAAGUUCAGCAGAAAAGUCGAGCUGCAGCAGUUAAAACCUGGUCUACAUGUUUGUGAAAUGUUUGUGCAUCUCAGUUGCUGGUGCACUUUAAUCUGAUUUUUUGCUAAAAGAGUGACUAAUUACAAACCCUGUUAUCUGGUGUCAUGUCAUCCUUUUUUUUUUUUACCAGCAGGUCUGUCACCUCCUGUGCACUUCUUUGCAUGUUUUAAAAUGUGUAAUAAGUCAUGAAAUGCCGUAUUUACCCUUUCCAUCUUUAUGAUCAUGUUUCCGUUCAUCUGCUGUUAUUUUCACUCCCCAUAAAUAAAAGAGCAUGUCCCACAAUGAUACAGGUUAAAAAGAAAGUCAGAUCAAUGUUUGUUUUCAUAUAUUUUUUUUAACUUUGGUGCAAAUUUUGAAUAAAGGUUGUGGAUUGAAUUUGA